CGGCGGGAUGUCUUGCUGUGUGGACCGACCACAGAAAGAGAGGGAGCAGAGCGUUUUAGAAGCCAUUGCGAGCCACCAAACCCACCAAACCCGGAGAAUUGAUUCUUUUGGCCCAAUCGCUUUGAUAUAUCAUGCUAAGGAUUGACAGCUAGUCUGAGUUCGACCCUGAACCGACGCAAGAAGCAAGAAGAAGCUUUGGGUUGGGGGCUUGAUCUCAUUUCCUAAGUUUUUGAUCAAUUCUGAAUAACUUUUCCAUGUACCCGUCACUCAACCCCCUAUCUCAGAUCGAGGGAUCAGAUCGAGGGAGGUGUACAAGAAGCGUUUAGCUGCAAAAGGGCUACUUUUUUUCUUUUUUUCUUUUUGGAUUUAGUGGUUGUUGGCUGUGUACUCAACCUACUCACCCCUACGUAGCUUGAGCUACGGUAUCCAAAUCUUCUAGCACAGGUUGCCCUACAAAGUGAAUGCUAUGGAGAGAUCGAGAGCAAGGCCAGCAGCCCACAGUAACUAUGGCCAAGCUUGCACGCAGUGCUACAGGGCAAAGUGCCGCUGCGUGCGCCCCUCGAUGUGUUCGUCUUAAGAAAACAUGCCAGCCUUCAGAGUCGGUUCGCAAGCGGAAUGCUCAAGUAGCUGAAGAGUCUGAAACGCGGAUCGCUAGGCUGGAGGACAAAAUGGAGAGCUUGUUAUCUGCGAUGCAGUCUUUUGUCGGAUCCCCAGGGGCGCCUGGAGCGCUGGAGGACAAAAUGGAGAGCUUGUUAUCUGCGAUGCAGUCUUUUGUCGGAUCCCCAGGGGCGCCUGGAGCGUCAGUCAACGUCUUUCAGCCCUUUCAGCCUCAGCCCUUCAGCGCAGACACCAUUUUGCCAUCUACUCCUUUUUCGAAUAGCACACUCGUUAACAGCGCGAACACUAGCCUAUCCUUCAGUGAGGGGUCGUCAUCUGGGAGUGGCUCGAUUGCCCCAACAUCACCUCAUCCAAAUCAGCUUUUUCUGUCGCAUCCUUAUUCUCUACCCCCUUCUACCCCAUCACAAUAUCAAGCAGACGACCGCCUCAAUUUCUUUCGGUCCCGAAUGCUACCAUAUUUCCCUUUCAUCAACCUUAACCCUGACAUAACUAGCGGUUAUCUGCGCCAAAACAGGCCUUUCUUAUUCCAAGCCAUCCACACCGUAACCACUUUCUCGACACGGGAAAGACUUGUUCAAGUUGAGGAGCUGAAGCGUCUCCUGUUCACAUCUGCUUUGCUUAAAGUCCAGUCAAAUAUCGACUUACUCCUUGGAUUACUGACCUACCUCGCCUGGAGCACCGACGCGUUUCUUGGCAGAGCAGACCACAUAUCCCGUCUCAUGAUGCUCGCCAUUUCCUUAGUAUAUGGUAUGCGGUUGUUCAAGCCAUCUUCAAUAGACGUGGAAGUUAUGAUGGCCGUGACCCAGGGGCGGAGGGAAGAAAAUAGUCAGAACCCGGACGAUGAAACGCCCUACCGCUUAUUGGAGAGGCAGCGGGCGAUGCUGGCAUGUUUUAUUCUAAGUUCUAAUAUUUCAUCUCACCUUGGGCGUCAAGAUGCCAUACGAUGGACGCCUCAGAUGGAAGAGGCGCUUAGGGCUAUCACAACGGGUGACUCAUGCCCAACGGAUAAGUUAUUUGUCGCUCAAGUACGCCUGCAGCUAUUAAAGCAAAAGGCGGAGUAUGUUCGGCAACUAGCCGAAACAGAGUUUGCUCAUUCAGAGUCAUCUACUGCUCCCGCCUCAGCGCCUCGUUUAUUGUAUCUGAAAACUCUCCGAAGGCAGCUGCAUGAGCUGAGAUCCUCCUUUCCCCCAGAUCUUUCCCAAAUAGGCAAGUUGUUACCCGGCGGAUAA